AUGGCGAAGCUCAUGCGGAUGAAGGGCCCCAAUGGACUUCGCCCGUGCCGCACCUGCAAGAUCCUUGGUAUUUCCGGCGAAAAUAACACGCACUAUGUCCCCUGCUUUCGCCACGAUGGCGAGUUCUACGAUCCAUUGGAUCUCCCGCUCCGAACUCAUGAUGAGUUUAUUGAUGAUGCAGUCUCGGUCGAGAAAGCGACAACAAAUGCUGAGGCAGAGCGUCGGGCGAAGGACACCGGCAUCAACGGGCUCCCCGUUCUCGCUACCCUGUCAAGCCUUGAGUUUCCAGCAUCGUUUGGUCACGACCUCAUGCAUUUGAUUCCCGAGAACAAGCUCGAUGUUGGGACGGGGGACUAUAUUCUUCAGCCAAAGGUGGUUGAGGACAUUGGUCGCAACUGUGUUGCUGCUGGGGAUACAACACCGACCGCCUUUGGCGCACGUGUUCCGAAUAUUGCGACACAAUUGCAUUACUUUACCGCCGAAUCUUAUACCCUCUGGACAACACUAUUGGCGCCAGUCGUUCUUCGCGGCCGUUUCCCCCACAAACGGUACUACGAUCAUUUUCUGGGCCUCGUAGAUAUCUUUAACGACUGCCUCUCCAUGUCACUGUCGCGCGAGUAUGUUGACAAUGAUUUACGAGCUCGGAUUGGAAAAUGGGUGACGGACUACGAACGGUACUAUUACCAAUACGACGAGUCCCGUCUCUCUGCAUGUCCAUUGACAAUACAUGCCUUGCUCCACAUUCCGGAUGACAUUCUAAAUGGUGGGCCGAUGUGGACAUAUUGGAAUUAUAUCACAGAGAGCUUUUCUCGACGCCUCCGCGAAAUCGCCCAGAACACCGCAAUCAAAGUCAAAUAUCAGCUUUACACUGAGCUUGACUUGUCACCAUGGCACGAGGAAGAGCUCUCGGGCCAUGUGGUGGCUGGAUAUAAUGGCAUCCGUGUUUUACGGCCGCGGGCUACUGGUCCCCUCUCAAAUCGGCUGACCACAGCUGUGGCCUAUGGACAACUCCUCCGCCUUCUCGAAUUCACCAUCGCUCUUCCACCUGAGUGUGACACGGCCUCCUGUCCGCUCCUUCUCGCCGCCAUUCGCCCAGUGAAAGAGCCCAAGAAAAGCCCAUACCCGUUUCCAGUCUAUCAGGACGGCCAAUUCCGGCCAAUCGAGGUUAUUGACGUUGACGAUUUAAGCUGCUUGGUUGCACGUGUACCAGCAAAUCGCCGUGGCCCACUUGUCUACGCACUGUAUGAGCACCCAGACUCAAUGGGAUCUGCUGUAGAAGCUGAAUAA